CUGCGUUGAUAGACUUCCGAGAGCAGCCCGGCUCAGCAAGGCACGCGUUUUUAAGAGGGUAAUGUAAAAGUGCACGUAGCGCCUAAUGUGUACAUUUAAACUUAAAUAAAUCACUUUGUUUAACUAUGAUGGUGGAUACAAGCGCGGCGUAAGUGCUGAACGGCGCCAUUUAUCAUUUAACGACCAUGCAGUAACUAGCCGAGUGUUUGUUGCAGACGGCUAAGCUAAUACUCACCGCGGGUGACUUUCGACUUCCAAAGUCAAAUUUACAGAUCAGUGUAUCUUCUAGGUGGUUAAAUAGCGUUUAUGGCGAUCGUAUGAACAUUAAACGGAGUUCCGUUUCGAGCUUGUAAGCUAGGCGGCCUUACGCGCUAGGCUAACGACGGCUAACUUUGCUAAGCUAGCACAAAAUAGCGGGAAUAGACCAAGUGUGGCUAACAAAAUGGACGCACUUUGUUAUUCCACUUCGUCCAGGAAAGUAGACCAUACCAUACCUCGUAAACCCACAGGUCUUUGGGUAAAAUGUUGAAAUUGGAUCAGUUUGGGGAGAUAGGCUGAGUAUAUUCCCUCAGUCGAGGCGAACUUUUUGGUCACAACUACACACUCAACAGAGAGGAGGGCGGAGACUAACUGGUAUGACUGAAGUUAGCCUCAAAAGUUGCCUGGAAAGCAAACACGACCUUCGGAACGUGUUUUAAUUCAUUAAUCAUAUAUACUAAGACGUAUCAACCGAUUCAAGCUGCAAUUUGUGCAUAAAAUAGCAUAAGAAUCACGUGUUUGACAAAAUGAGGAAGUCAAAAACAAGCUAGUCGACCAAACAGUCCACAAGUAGUCAUAAGAAACCGAAAAUGCUGCACAAAACCAGCGUGCAGUUUUUAAAAAGAAAAGUGUAAUUGUAAUAUACGCAUAACUAUAACAAUCCUAUACACUGUGCCUGUGAAGCUUGCAACAGCCAUUAUCUAUCAAUAACGCGUUUGACAAAAGUAAGAAGUCAACAACACAUUCCUUCACAACAUGCUGCACCAAACACUGGCAAUUCUUAAAGGAUUAUGAAGAGUUAGAAUUCUACACAUGCAUAACAGUUAUAUCGCAAUAAUACACACACACACACACACACAUAUAUAUAUAAAAUGAUAAAAUGUAUAUAAUAAUGUGUAUAUAUAUAUAUAUAAUAUACAUUAUGAAACGCUUAGCUGCAUUCAUAUGCAGUGUCAUAUGAAAGUCGUGUUUUGACAAAAUGAGGAAGUCUAAAACAAGCUCGUCAACAAGUCUACGUCUAAGUGGUUAUAAAUUUAAAAAAAUGCUUCACGAGUGCAAUUUUGAAAGGAUUAUGAAUAAAUGUUGAAAUACAUGCAAUAUAUACAACAAUCCUGUACACUACUGCUGUAAAACGUUUUAAGAGAUUAAAACUGCAUUUUCUAUACCCGUUAUUAUAUGUAAAUCAUGUUUGACAAAAUGAGGAAGUCAAAAGCAAGCUACUCAACAAGGCAGUCCGCCCCACCGAGUCAUGAUCAUCAUGUCAAAGCAAAUGCUCCACAAAACGAGCACAUAGUUUUUACACGGUGAAGAAUAUCCAUCCGUAUACACUCCUGACAAGAACACAAAUAGUGUGUGAAUCGGUCUGCUCUUGUGUUGUCUUGUGUGUCUGGAAGAUGCUAACUCAAUAAACAUUGAUUAUGUGCCAUAUGUUCUCUGUGCUCUCUUGUGUAUGUCAAUAUUUUAAUGCAAAACAUGAAGGUAAUUUCAUUGCAAAUAGUCACACACCCCCAACUAACUGCAACCUCAAGCAUCUGUUAAUUAAUGUAAUCUUUCCACGUUCAUAGUUUUGAGAGCGUUCUGAUCCAUUAGGUUUACAAUCAUGUUUUGGUUAUAUAUACAGUUUUAAGUCAUCUUCAUUUAAUAUUUUUCUAAGUUCACAACGACUCUUAUUUUGAAGUCCACAUGGCAGCCUAAAUGGACCGUUGGUGCACAUUUCCGGUACAAACUCAUUCAAAAUAAGCACGUUGAAACAUUGCUUCAGUUAAAAAUAUAAUUUUAAAAUAUACAAUGACUAUAGUUUCUUACUAAGACAGAAUAUUUUGAGAGUAAUUCGGUAGCCGUAAAUAGCAAAUAGUGGCUUCAAACGAAUGGGAAUUUAUGAGAAAUCAUAUUUAUAGUCCCCAUGUUCUCUGUUAGUUGUCAGCUUCAGUUGUUUUCACGUGUAUCCAUAGUUGCUUGAUUUAAGCGCGGCAUUGUUCGUCUUAAAUGUAAAUCGUUCGCGUUGGUGGUGUUCUUUUAUUGCGAAAGGAGUCGAACAGGAAAGCGUGUUGCUGGUUGGAUACAGGCGAGCCAAGAUGGCGGAGUACUUGGCGUCGAUUUUUGGGACAGAGAAAGACAAAGUCAACUGCUCUUUUUACUUUAAAAUUGGUGCCUGUCGACAUGGAGAUCGCUGUUCUAGACUACACAAUAAGCCGACGUUCAGCCAGACCAUUGCACUCCUGAACAUUUACCGCAACCCUCAAAACAGCGCCCAGUCUGCUGAUGGCCUCACCUGUGCCAUCAGUGACAUGGAGAUGCAGGAGCAUUAUGAUGAGUUCUUUGAGGAGGUCUUUACGGAGAUGGAGGAAAAGUAUGGCGAGGUGGAGGAAAUGAACGUGUGCGACAACCUCGGAGAUCACCUGGUGGGGAAUGUGUACGUGAAGUUUCGCUGUGAAGAGGAUGCCGAGAAGGCAGUGAUCGACCUGAACAACCGGUGGUUCAACGGGCAGCCCAUCCAUGCUGAGCUGUCCCCUGUCACGGACUUCAGAGAAGCCUGCUGUCGGCAGUAUGAAAUGGGUGAAUGCACUCGAGGUGGUUUCUGCAACUUCAUGCAUCUGAAGCCCAUCUCACGCGAGCUGCGGAGAGAGCUGUAUGGGCGUCGUAGGAAGGGCCGUCACAGGUCCCGUUCACGCUCCAGAGACCGACGAUCCCGCUCAAGGGACAGGGACAGGGAUAGAGGCAGAGGUGGCGGCCGUGACCAUGAUAGACGCCGCUCCAGGGACAGAGAGCGCUCGGGACGCUUCUGAGCCACACAACCAGAACUACUUGCUUCCUUGUACCAUCCUCACCAUUUUUUUUUUGUUUUUUUUUAAGUUUGUACCCUCCAGUUCCCAUGUGUAUUGUAGGAAGAAUGGUGGCAGAUUUUUGAAGCUGUGACAGCUUUAAGUAACUUGUGUUAUGUACUGAAAUGACUUUCACCCCAUUAAAAUUUUUACAUAACGUGA